AUGCCUAACACUGGGCCAGACAACAAUACUGGGCCAGUAUCGGCUCUCAGUGUAUAUGAAACUGAUGCUGUUGAACGCGAGUACGAUCUCGGUCGAAAGCGUUCAAUCUGUCCCCACUGCAACACGAAAGAACUUGAUAUCAAUAACAACAAACAUGUUCUCGCAGUACUGAUCCAUAACGACUAUGCAGAGGAAUUGCGCCUUCACCUCGCAAAGUUCAAGAUCAACCUUAAGAAUGACUUUAAUCCAUGCAGCCCAAACAUUCACCGCGAUCCAAAGUAUGCCAACGAUACUCCUACACAACGUGCAGCUAUGGCUCACAAUUACCACUGCGAGAGAAUGGUUCGAGCUCUGGAUUUCAUUCGUGAGCCUGUCAAGUUUGCUGUUGCCCGAUACCUCCAUCGACAAGGAUGGAUUGACAGUACCCUUUUGGAAGAGACCCUUCGCUCUUCUCGUAGCACAUCCAAGCACGCCGCUGAUCUUUUCGGCAGAGAUGAUGAUAUGCUUACGGAUGGCCAGCAAGGCAUCAGCCUUUUAGUGCCCCCUUCCUGUCUUUAUACAAUACAUCACAUACAAUAUGAACCAUCAUCCACUUCUCAAUACAAACUAUCUUUUGUGAUUGCAGAUAUUUUAGUCCAUUGUCUGUACAUACCUCCACAUGAAUCAAGAGAAAAGGUGCAGGCAAUACUUGAUUCAUUAUCUCUUUCAUGGAGAAAUACAACACAGACAAUAAUUUGUGGAGAUUUCAACGCACGAAUGGGAUCAUUUACAGGCGACAAAAUCAAUAAACCUCAUAGACUGAUCGUUAAGGAAUGGAUCCAAGGCAACAACCUUAUCGUGUGGAACAGCUGGUUACAACUGGGAAACCCAACCUGUCUUCGACAAAGCGGUAGCAGUAUCGUUGACUAUUUCCUUAGUACUAAUGAACUACUCAACCCAAAGCUUACUAUUUGUGAAGAUAUGUCUCUAGACUCAGACCACAAAUUGAUGCAUCUCGAUUUUCUAACUAAUUCGGCACCGCCACCACCUUCAGAAAAUCCUAGAAUCAUAUAG